GUUGAACAGUUGCUACGAGAGACCCCGCCUGAUGGAGACCAUUUUGCUAAGAUGGUGCAGCACACCCUGGAGCGGGAGGAGAACUGGAUCACCUGGAAGAACAAAGGAUGCCCUACUUACGACAGGGAGAGGCCAAAGACAGAGACCCCGCUAAAGAAGUCCCGUAAGAGAGCGAUGGGUGAGGACAUUAAGGAAGCUGAGGACAGUAAGAGGGUGAACAUGGGCAGUGCUGAGUUAACCAGGCUGUGGAACCUGUGUCCUGAUAACAUGGAGGCAUGCAGUAGUCCGGAAAGAGAGUUCCUCCCUAGCCUGGAGGAGUUUUUUGAGGAAGCCAUUGAGCAGUCUGAUCCUGAGGCUAUGGUGGAGGAUGAGUACAAGUUAGUUUUCAUUUCAAUGUUAUCUUUGCUUUUUUGGUGUUUAUUUAAUUGUAAUCUACAAAACAUUCAAUUUUCAAUAUGGCAAAUAGCUAAAUUUUGUGUAUUGUAAUUAGCUGGAGACUAU